UGGGAGACGUCGCAACGAGAGCUUAAAUAGCACCGCGUGCAGUUCUGUAGUUCAGUGGCAGGCAGCGUCGACUGAAACGCAAUCGUUACGAUACCAUCGCCGUCUUCUCCGAGAGUUGUUCCACUGCGGGAAACGCAGAAAAUCGCGCGAAUCUCGCGACUUUGUGAAAGAUCGAGGACGCAACGAUCUGGUUCGAACCGCGAUCGCUCGCUCGAUGUUCCGAAACCCGACCCCUUCGUUUCUCUGAACACGAGCACGGAGAUUCGUCGGUCUCACCAGGAAACGUUUGGCCGAGGAGUGCGUCGAAGGACAUGACGAGUUCUUGAUGUGACAGAGUCCGUACUUCGAAGCAGAGCGCGUUACAGCGCGUACUUGGUUGCCGCUCAACAUUUUGGGAGUUCGGUGAAGAGUACGAAAUUCGUAUCUUUCUUCUUCCGCGCGACGAGCAAUAGGAAACGAAGAUGAGACCACCCGCGUACAAUGGGGACGAGAUGCAACAAAUCUCUCAGGAGCAAGGCGAGAGGAACGUGGCCAUGGCUGUUUGCGUGCAGUUGGCGGGCCGGGCGAUAAUCAGGGUAGUUUCCCGGUGCGAAGAGGCGCAGGACAAUUGCAAUUUGGACCUGUCAGGGUGUCAAUUGAUGCAGGUACCUGACGCGGUCUAUCAUUUGAUGCGGCACACAGAACUAAAGAGAUGUAACCUGUCAGGAAACGUGAUAACUAAAAUUCCACCGAAAUUUGCCGUUAAGUUCUCAUUGAUCACUGAACUGAACUUGAGUCACAAUCAGAUGAGCAAGCUACCGGAAGAACUGGCCGAAUUGCAAGCCUUGGAGAGGUUGGACAUUUCUCACAACACUUUCAUCGCCUUACCACCUGUUGCGUGUCGGAUACCGCAACUCAAACGGCUCCUUGCCAACAACAAUUCGAUCAUUGACGUGGAUGUCGAAAGACUUAGGCACGCACCCGCGUUGGAAUUCAUCGAUCUUCAAGCCAAUCCCCUAACGGCCAGGAUACACGACCUCCUCGGCACUCUGACUCGGAUUAAAAUCGAACUCACGCCGAGGCAAGUCGAAGAGUGGGACGAUCUCACUGUUUGAGGUGCGCUCGUGGUAAACGAGAGCCUGUCCAACGCGGACGUAUAGUUUGCUUCCAUUAUCAUUGACUGAGAUUGUGUUCGGAGACUCGCAACAAGAGCGGGUACUGCGUACAGUGACAAAAAGAGCAUCCGACUGACUGACAUCAGGUAGCUGGCGAUAAGCGUGAGUGACGAAAAAAUCAUCGGAGGACGGAACUUCUCUCGCUCGACGUUCCUCUCUAUCGUACUUAAGGACAAACUCGCUGAGUACCUGGAACCUUUUUUCAUUGAUCUCGUGAAAACUGAUCAAUUCGUCACUUUUAUUCUCAUUUCGUACCGUGUGAAUUUUUCUUUUCUCUUUUUUUUCUAUUAGAAUUUACUCACUCGCUGCUCGCACGUUUGCCCGUGCGAUUGCUGUGAUCCAUGUUACGCGUAACAUUUGCGAGCUGCCGAUUCAAUUUACUAUCGUAUUUUUACUAACUCCGAAUGAGUACCCCGUACGUUUAAGACGAUAUAUUCUAUUAUUUUUUAUGCGUGGACUUGACAUGUUGCGUAAAAUGAAAUUGUACGACUGCCAAUCGACUGUUGCUGACGAUUUUCGCCAUGAUCAAACGUGUAUUUUGGUUUUACAGAACAUCGAAACGAAACUAAACGAAAUUAAAUGUAUAAAUCAGGUAUACCGACUAUGAUACGUAAGAAGAAUUCACGAUUUUUAUUACCUCGGCUUUGAAUGGCGUCGUGUCGUGGGCUGUAAAAAUUUUUGCAGCCACGAUUCUACUUAAUUUAUAUAAACGUUGUAUAUUAUGUAUCGACUGUAACAUAGCUUUGCGUAUCUGCACAACAGGUAUCAGAACUUAUUUUACUCUGUAUUUUCUGAUCUAGUCAAUUGUCCGCGAAAAAGUUACAAUACACUUAAAUGAAACACA